AGGCACCACAAGCUGGAUGUUCAUCUUCUGGAACGUUGGCUGGACGGUGUUUUGGACGUGAGGCCGCUGGAGGGAGUCAAGCCGGAGCCACUGCAGCGAAGCAGCGCGAGCCUCAAAGGACUGGCAAGGUGUGGACUGAGGAGAGAGGAUCUGUGCCACGCCGGACUCAGCGCAGAAACUAUCGACAGGCUGUACAGGGCGCUGUACGUUUAUUCAGUGGGAUUCUUUGACCUUCUGCAGGAGCUUUUGUGCCACAGCACCUUCCGCAAGGAGCUUCUGACGAAUGUGUGGAAGAGCUUCGGCAAAAUAUCUGAGAUGGCCAUGAAAUCUGCCUUUAAGUCGGACUACCUGGCUCUGAUCCACCUGCACGAGGACAACGCCCAGCAGCUGUUCAGCGCGAAGGAAGCGCUCGCUGAGGCGAGGGAGGAUAACAUCGAAAUGGAGAAGACGUUGGCCUGGCUGACGGCGUCGCACGCCGAGGAGAGGGCCCUGCGGCUGAAGAUGGGCGGAGAGUUCGGUUCCGUGAAGGGGGCGCUGGAGAGGGAGCAAGUGGGGCACGCGUACGCGGUAAAGCAGUACCUGGGGGCGCUGGAGGAAAG